GUGCUCCGUCUGUACUCUCGCGGUGCUUUCUUUGACUGGUCACGUGGUGCGGAUGCCCUUCCAGUGUGCGACAGAAAACAUGGCAGCGCUCUUGAGAUCAGCCCGGCUACUAAAGUUCUCGCCUUCGGGCUUGCUCCAGAUCACAGGCACAAAACGAACCGGACCGCCAGUCAGCCGGCUGUACAGCGGGGCUGUGGGUCGCAAAGAGACCGGAGUUUGUUCCCGACAGAUCAGCAGAGCUACGGAAAAUGCAUCCAGCCGUCUGUGGCCAUACACAGUCGGGUGCGUGCGUAACUAUGCUGUGGCCACUGAACAAAAGAACGAGGCCGGUACUGCGGUGCGGACCAAGCAGAUCCAGCAGUUUGACUGGGCUCUGGCUAAGCUGGACAGCUCUGUGAGGAGAACUGGCCGCAUCACCAAGACCCUGCUGCUCCGCAUCUUUCAUGAUAUUUGUAGGACAGGUUACCCCAGUGGUAACCAGGCCUUAUUGCUGCUGCGUAGUUGUGGCUCUCUGCUGCCAGAGGUACCUCUGCAGGAGCGCAAUGAUCUUGCACAUCGAGUUUGGGAGAAGCUGCAAGAGUUGGGUGCGCAGUAUGAUGUUAGUCACUACAACGCCUUGCUGAAGGUUUAUCUACAGAAUGAGUUCGAAUUCUCUCCCACUGACUUCCUGGCCAAGAUGGAAGCAGCCAACAUCCAGCCCAACAGAGUUACCUACCAGAGACUGAUCGCAGCCUACUGCCAGAGUGGAAACAUCGAGGGAGCCAGCACCAUACUGGGUUUCAUGAAGAGCAAAGAUUUACCCAUCACCGAUGCUGUUUUCAACUCUCUAGUAACCGGCCAUGCUCGUGCAGGGGACAUCGAGAGUGCUAAGAACAUCCUGCCUGUGAUGCAAGGGGCAGGAAUCGAACCGGGUCCUGAUACUUAUCUUUCACUGCUGAAGGCGUAUGCUGAGAAGGGAGACCUGGACAGUCUGAAAAAGACAAUAGAGGAAGCAGAGAGUGCAGACUGCAGUCUGAUGGACAGGGACAUCAUGCAGGUCAUCUACACCCUGGCCAAGGCCGGACACCAGCAGCACAUCCAAGAGAUGGUCAAUUGCUUGAAGCAUGAGAGGGGUUACGUUCCAGAUGCCAUGAACUUGUGUCUGAGCCUCAUCACCCAAGGCCUCGAGGAGACCGCCUUCAACAUCCUGAAGACAUUCCCAACACUGCAGUCUGAGAGCUUCAACUCCGACUCUCCCAACCUGGGCAACUUCUUCCUGCGUCACUGUGCCAACAUGGAAACGCCAUCGGAGAAGUUGGGUCACUUUUGCAAAGAGCUCCAUGAUUCAAACUUGCACUCUUCACCACUCAGCUUCACUCUGUCCUGUGCUCUGGAGGCCAAGAAGACAGGGAUGUGUUUAGAGCUGAUGAAGAUGUUAAAGGAGCAGGACUUCCCCGUAAGGCCACACUACUUUUGGCCUCUCCUCACUCAGCACAUGAAAGACAGCAAUGUUGUAGGAACGAUGGAGGUGUUGAAAGGUAUGCAGGAGCUUGGUGUGUCCCCUGAUGUCGAUACGUUAUCCAACUAUAUCUUCCCUGUCUUCCCCGGAUGUAAAUUCAGCGCAGCAGCCCUUAAGGCAAUCUCCAUGGAUUCAGAGGGUUGCUUGUCUGCAGAGGUUCGUUCGAUGGCCACAAAUAGCUUGGCCGAACUAUACAUCAAAUUGUCAGACCCCUCCUUCCCCUCACUGGACCUCAGUACUUUCCGUGGCAGCCUCAUCUCCGGCUUCAGAAAGUCUGCUGACACAGAGACCAUGGUGAAGAUUACUAAGCUCUUGUACAAAGACGAACGCUUCUCCCAAGGGAACAUGAAACCGGCUGAAGCGACAUCAUUCUUCUUGUACAAUCUGAUCGACUCUAUGUCAGAUAGAGAGGUGCAGGCGCAAGAAGACAAUCUGAAGAAAUUCUUCAAUCAACUGCAAGCUCAGAAUAUAACCAUCCCAGUUAAUAUCUACAGAGGCAUCAGGAACCUCUUGGAGUCCUACCACACCCCAGAGCUCAUCAAGGAUGUGAUUGUUUUGGUGAACCCCAGUGAACGAGUGUCCAGUGGUUCAGUGCAGGCUGCUCCCCAAAUAACUGGAAGGGUGAUGGCCCUUGAGAGGAAAAUAGCCGAACUGAAAGCAGAGAACAAACCCUUAGGCAAUCUUCUCAAACAAGCCAUCCAAGCUUUGGGCGCUGAGGAGAACCUGCAGCGCGCCCUUGAGCUGAAAAAGCAGCACGAGGAGGAGAUGACAGCCGGCGCAUACGCCACCCUCAUCAACCUGUGCUGCCGCCACGACAAAUUGGAGGAGGCGGUCAACCUGAAGACUGAAUUGAGUCGGAAGGACUCAUCACUUGCACUGGAUGCCAGUAAAUACAUCGGACUGAUCAAAAUCCUCUCAAAGAACGGCAGAGUGGAGGAGGCAGUGGACAUCCUGAAGGAGAUGAAAGAAAAGGACGUGGUGGUCAAUGACACGCACGCCGCCAUGCUCUUUCACAUGCUGAAUGCUUUAGUGGACAAGGGCGGCUUCCCCACCAUCCAGCGGCUCCUUGACACCAUCUUCACCCUCGGACUGACCAAGCCUACCGCCAAUCUCUGCUCACCCCUGGUCACUGUCCACCUGGAGAGUGACGACAUGGCCGCGGCUCUGGAGGCAGCGCUGGAGUGUCAGAAGCGCUACAACCAACUGCCUCGCAUCCAUGACAUCAUUGUUGGUCUGGUGGAGAAAGGAGACACUGCACUGCUGCAGAAAGCCAUGGACUUUGUGAGUCAGGAGCGAGGAGAGAUGGCCAUGCUGUACGACCUCUUCUUUGCUUUCCUUCAGACAGGCCGCUUCCGCGAAGCUCGCAAGAUCAUAGAGACCCCAGGGCUGAGGGCACGGCCUGGACGCCUUCACUGGUAUGCAGAGAAAUGCAUUUCUGGCAACCAGAUGGAGACCUUGGAGCAGAUGGUAGACAUGACAGCCAAGCUGUUUGAGUGUGACAGAGACGUGAUGUACAGUUACGCCCUCCGUCUUUGUAAGGAGACAAACGACUGGCAGAAGGCCGAAACGUUGUGGACGAAGAUGCAAGAGGAGAACGUCAUUCCCAGAGACAGGACCCUGCGCCUUCUGGCAGACGUGCUGAAGAGUAAUGGCCAGGAUGUGCCCUUUGAGAUGCCUGAGACAUGGUACCAACAAGCUGCCACCGCAAAGGAGGUCAAAGAACAACCAACAAAAACAGCACCAACCAACAACCAACCAGCCCAUACUGAAAGUGGUACUGAAUACCAGGUCCGUCUGCUGGCCCUGUGUAAAAGAGGCAAAGCCAAAGAAGCCUAUGGGAUGCUGAAGGAUGCCGACAAAAAGGGUGUGGCAUUAGGCCCCGCCCCUUACGACCACCUGAUCCGUGCCCUGUUAGCCGAGGGGUCCAUGGAAGAUGCCAUGAUCGUGAAGGACAUUGCUCUGGCUCAUGUGCCAGGCUUCCAGCUCAGUGAUAUCGCCAGCAGUUUGCUCAUCACCACACAGAGUAAGAAAGGCCAGACCGAAGAUGCUGUUGAGAAACUGAAGUCGAUGCUUCAGACCGACCAAGUGCCGGGGCAACUUGCCAUCACCAGACUUGUUCAGGCUCUGGGUAAUAAGGGCGAUGUCGCAGGGAUACAGGAAGUAGAGUCACUUAUAAAAGACCAUGGGACAUCCCUCAACCUGUCCAGCAUGGUGUUUAUCAACAACAAGGCCCUGGCGUACAUCAAGAAAGGUGAUAUGGAUUUGGCCGUGGAGGAGUUGGAGGCAGUUUUUACAAAUCCAGGCAGCAAAUUUCCCAGUAUUUCAUUUGUCUUCAGGAAGGUCCUGGAAGAAGACAAUGACAAAGCCUUAGACAAGUUGAGUGUGAUGGUAGAGCGGCUAGCCAAUCAUUUUGCCUGCUACAAACCUGCCACAGAUCUCUUCCUGCAGCUGCUGGAUGCGGGCAAAGUCGAGGAUGCAAAGUUCAUGCUGGCUCGCUGCAAUGCCGUGGCUGAACAGAAAGACUUGCUGUUGUCCUACGUGACACGAAAGGCCACAAGUCCUGGACAGCUGGACAAGAUCAAUGCCCUGCUCAACCUGAUCCCAGAUUUCGCGGAGAAGGAUGUGCUGAAUGCAUACCUGAUAAAAUGUCAUGUUCUGGAUAAGGACUUACCGGGAGCCAAGGCUCUGUACGAGCAGAUGCAGAAGGAGGGGAUGGUCGUAGACGAGCUGUCACUCAAACGGCUGGCUGUGCUUUACCGCAGUGCAGGAGAGACGGCACCCUUCUCUGAACCGCCUGAGUCCUUUAAGUUUAUGCAGACAAGCUGAAAGAGAAAGCUGCCAAAACCCAGGAGACACCUGAGGAAUAAAGACGCAUCCUCCUCUCAUCUUACCCUCCAUCCACAUCCCUGUGCCCUUCCUUCCUUCCCUCCUUUUUUAUAAGUUGUGUCAUCUAAAAUGUUGGGUAUUGGUUAUUAUAGCUGUCUGAUGUGUGAGUCUGUCUGCUACACCAAGGACAAUGUUGAAAAUGAAGGUGAUGUUGAGAAUGUACAGAAGUAUUUAUGCUAAUAAAUGAUGUUAGGAAUCCACAA